AUGCUGACACCCAAGGGUCUGAAGUACCUGUGGCGACGAGCCAAGGGCUCGGCGCAGAACGUGUAUGCGCUGGCCAUGGCCCACAAGUACGCAAAGCCCUUCAAGAUGCCGCUCUUCAAGCAGGAGGCGCUGCGGCUGUACGAGGAGGUCAACACGCAUGUGGCUGCGGGUGACCGACGAGCGCUCAUUGCUCUGACGGCGCCCAACGUGAACACGACCUUCAAGCGGCAGAUCAAGGCCAGGGAGGAUGCAGGCUGGACUCGCGUGGAGUGGGCACUCGUCAACCGGCCGACAGCGGAGAACCUGUCGGUGGUACAGGGGCGUGCAGCCAUGGGAGACCCCAAGGACCCAAACACCGGUUUUGUCCAGUUCACGAUACGCUUCAACACCAAGCAGCGGUUCCGCGCUUUCUCAAAGUCCGGCGCGGUCGUGGCGGGCGGGCCCGACCCCGUGGACGUGGAGGAGCUGUGGGUGGUGGAGCACCCCUUCAAGAAGCAGGAGACCAACCGGUGGCGACUGGUGGGCAAGCUGAUGCCCGUGCCGGGGACAAAGGAGUACACGUCCUCAGCCCCCGUGAUCACGAGCGAGUCGCUGCGGCAGCACAAGGCCGCGCAGCAGGCCUGA